CAAGCAAAACCCGUGAUUCCUUGCGCGUUGGUGUUCAGAUCAAGGAUUUCUGAUCGGUCGUCGUAGUUUGAGGAGGUGAAAAAAAGUGUGGAGGUGCUUUUAUUCGAUAUUCUUUAUGAAAUCUUACAUUUAACGGUUGGCUCCUGAAUUUCUUUCGCAGCCAUGUCAGCCGCAACUACACAUAAAUAUCGUUACAAAAAUGUGGGCUUGGACUCCCAAGAACUAAGACGACGUAGAGAAGAAGAAGGCGUUCAAUUAAGAAAACAGAAAAGAGAACAACAGUUAUCGAAGAGGCGCAAUGUUCCUAACAUAGUUACUGUUGAUGAUGAUAAUGUUACAGCAAAUGAAUCUGCUUUUGCAGCACCACAAUCAAAAACCGCCAUUAUGGUACUUGAAAUGGUGCAAGAAUUGUACAGUCCUAAUCCGGAAGAUCAAUUGGCUGCUACACAAAAAUUUAGAAAAAUGUUGUCUAGGGAACCAAAUCCACCGAUAGAUGAAGUUGUAAAAACUGGAAUUGUACCUAAAUUUGUUGAAUUCUUGCAGAACAAUGCAAACUGUACGCUACAGUUUGAAGCUGCUUGGGCUCUAACAAAUAUAGCAAGUGGAACGUCUCAACAAACACGUGUAGUAGUGGAUGCGGGAGCUGUACCUAUCUUCAUAUCAUUACUUGGUUCGGAAUAUGAAGAUGUACAAGAACAAGCAGUUUGGGCAUUGGGUAAUAUUGCAGGAGAUAGUGCUGAGUGUAGAGAUCACGUAUUAGACAAUGGAAUCCUUACACCUCUUCUGCAAUUACUUUCUAAAGCAACGCGUUUAUCGAUGACACGUAAUGCGGUGUGGGCAUUAUCGAAUCUUUGUCGAGGCAAGAGUCCACCACCAGAAUUCACGAAAGUCGCGCCGUGUUUACCAGUUUUAGCUCAUUUUCUUAAUCAUACCGAUGGUGAUGUUCUAGCAGAUGCUUGUUGGGCUCUUUCCUAUUUAAGCGAUGGACCGAAUGAAAAAAUUCAAGCAGUUAUCGAUGCAGGUGUUUGCAGACGUUUGGUAGAGUUACUCAUGCAUCAGCAGGAAAAUGUAAUCAGCGCUGCGCUUCGAGCAGUGGGUAAUAUAGUUACAGGAGACGACGUACAAACACAAAUCGUUCUUAAUUGUUCUGCGUUGCAAUGUUUGUAUCAUCUAUUGAAUUUGUCACUAGAAAGUAUUCGCAAAGAAGCUUGUUGGACUAUCUCUAAUAUUACAGCAGGAAAUCCUCAGCAAAUUCAAGCUGUCAUCGAUGCCGGUAUAUUUCCCGUCCUAAUUGAUAUUUUAACGAAAGCUGAAUUUAAGAUUCGAAAAGAAGCAGCAUGGGCAAUCACCAACGCUACAAGCGGUGGUGCACCUGAACAAAUACGUUAUAUCGUUGUUGAAGGAUGUAUUCCGCCGUUGUGCAAUUUGUUAACGGUAAUGGAUCCUAAGAUCGUUCAAGUUGCAUUAAGUGGAUUGGAAAAUAUCUUACGUGUAGGAGAACAAGAUGCUGCCACGAAUAAUGGUAUCAAUCAUUAUGCGGUACAAGUUGAGGAAUGUUUCGGCCUAAAUAAAAUAGAAUUUUUGCAAUCUCAUCAAAAUAUAGACAUCUAUCAGAAGGCCUUCGACAUAAUUGAACGAUAUUUUGGAUCUGAAGAAGAAGAUACUCGAGUCGUACCGACUAUUGACGCGCAAGGACAACAGUUCCAAUUUAGAGCGCCCGAUUCAUCUCAGCUACCGGUCGAGGGUUUUGAAUUUUAAUCGACUAGUUUUAAUGAGAACUCCGAUUGUACCAGCCGAUUCAACCUUGUUUCGUUCGUUGUGUUUACAACUAUUUUUCCUGAAAAGGACAUUUCCAAAAUGGAAGAAAAAAGUUCAGUCAGAUACAAAACAGUGGUAUAAUUACUACGUAUAUUUUGAAUUCGUUUGUAUCGGUCAGAAUAUCAGUAAAAACAAAUCUCGAAGUGAUCAGUUUUUUGCUCGACGAUAAAGAUGAGUAAAAUGUUUAUACACAGUUA